CCUGCUAAAACAGCCUAGAGUGAACACUAGUAUCAGACUUGGGAGCACUGUCCUGUCGUCCUCCCUUCCUGAUUUUCCACCAUGACAGAGCGGUUCUCCAAACUAGACCUGGUUACCUCACUAAAGUGGUUUCCUCUUUUCACCUUAAUCAAGAGAUUGUGGUUCCGACCUUAAUCUCUUGAGACCUGUGGCUAAGGAACAUUCAUUUGUAUGUGGUUAGGGCUCAACGUAUCUUUUUGGACCAUACUGCAUCUAUUAGGUGCUCUGAUGCCCUUUUUGUUCUCUUUGAAUUUCACAAGCGUAGCUGGCCUGCUAAUAAGCAGACGCUGGCCAGAUGGAUUAGAAUGGUCAUUGCACUUGUUUGCACUUGAGCUGACAUUCCAUUACCAGCUUCAGUUUCUGCCCAUUAUACUCGGUCUGGGGGACCUUUUUGGGCGGCACGCAGUGGGGCGUCCGCCGAGCAAUUGUGCAAGGCGGCUACGUGGUCUUCGUUCCAAACAUUUGUUAGGUUUUAUGCCUUUAAUACAUUUGCCUCCCAGGAUGCUUCUUUUGGACGCCGGAUUCUCUUAUCCUGCUUUAGGACAUCCCUGAUGUUCCCUGUAGAACCCUAUGUACUAGGCUGAAGGUAGGGAGAGUUAUGGUAGACUCACCUUUGUUGGCUCUAUUUCUUCUAAGUACAUAGGGUCCACGGGGCGCCCACCCUGACGCACCUGGCCUCUCUGGGUUUGUAUGGCAUUGGCCUCUGGUUUCUUUCUCCUGUCGUGAGAAUGUGUUAUGUGUUUAACAUCUUUCUUCUCUCCUUUUUGCUUCCUGCAUUGAGCUGGUUAACAAAACUGAUUGCCUGUGCCUGGAGGCGGAGUUAUAGAGGAGGGAAGCUGACCAUUCUGGGAUUCUCUUGAAAAGCAUUAACUGUUUGGUGCCCGGUUUCCUCAUCCACUACUACAACCCCGAUGUUCCCUGUGUACCUUAUAUGCUUCGAAGAUAGUUAACAAAGGUAAGUCUACCAUAACUCUCCCUUUUGGAAUAGUCUGUAUUUCAGAAUUCUGGAUAUGGGAGACUUAACGUGUGUGUGUGUGUAGAUAGAUAGAUAGAUAGAUAGAUAGAUAAUAUGAAAGAAAUGUGUCCAGACAGAACCGUGUUUUGGAAUUUUAUAUUUGACCCAUUUAUAUUUGCACAUUUUAUCUGUUAGAAAAAAAUAUUUUUCAUUGAAGUAUCUCUCUCGAUACACGGAUUUACACAAUAGUGAGUGUGAGACAUCAGCAAUAAGUAGUAUUAUGCAGGACCCAGAGCCCCAUCCCGUUGCCUCCACCUCACUCACUGAUACAUGAGAGGCACAAUGACCAGAAGAUCCUGGAACUCACCAACAAGAUCAUUCAGCUGCUGACUGGAGAGGUUCCUAUAAGGUGUGAGGACGUCACCGUCUAUUUCUCCACGGAGGAGUGGAAGUAUAUAGAGGAACACAGGGGUCUGUACAAGGACGUGAUGAUGGAGAAUCACCGGCCCCUCACAUCACUGGAUGGGGCCAGUAACAGGAAUACCCCAGAGAGAUGUCCCCGUCCUCUCUAUUCCCAGGACUGUGCAGAGGUGAAUCAGAAAAUCCCACAGGAGGAUCAGGGUGCAGCUCUGACUAAUAUUAAGGUAGAAGACAAAGAUGGAGAAGAAAAGACGUAUGUGACUGAUAUGAAGAUAGAAAAUGCAGAGGGAGAAGAAGAGACGUAUGUGACUGAUAUGAAGGUAGAAGAUACAGAGGAGGAAGAAGAGACUUAUGUAAUGUGUGAUCAGCAGUGUAAGGAGGAGGAAAUCCCUACAGACAUCAGCACAGCAGAUGGAUGUAACAGAAGAAAUAUAUGGCAGGAGCAUCUCCCUUUAUCUCCAGACUGUAACAUAGAAGAUAACAUCACAAGAGAUUCUCCAGCAGAAACUCCUAUUACCUCAGUUAUGCAUCCAGAUCUUCACAGUACAGAUCUGUUAUCUGACCCCACUUAUCAUGAGGAAUGGUCUGAUAGAGUAGAUACCAAAUACUUUACACAGGACACAAAGCCUAUUACCUAUCAGCCAGCUAAGACAUUUCCAUGCUCAGAGUGUGGGAAAUGUUUUACAAAGAAAUCAAAUCUUGUUAUUCAUGAGAGACGUCACACAGGUGAGAAGCCAUUUCCAUGUCCUGAGUGUGGAAAAUGUUUUACACUGAAAUCAAAUCUUGUUAAACAUGGGAGAAGUCACACAGGUGAGAAGCCAUAUUCAUGUUCUGAGUGUGGGAAAUGUUUUACACAAAAAAAUGAUCUUGUUAUACAUGAGAGAACUCACACAGGAGAGAAGCCAUUUUCAUGUUCUGAGUGUGAAAAAUGUUUUACACAUAAAUUUUAUCUUGUUGUACAUGAGAGAAGUCACACAGGUGAGAAACCAUUUCCAUGUUCUGUGUGUGGGAAAUGUUUUAUACAAAAAUCACAUCUUGUAACACAUGAGAGAAGUCACGCAGGUGAGAAGCCAUUUCCAUGUUAUGAGUGUGGAAAAUGUUUCACACUGAAAUCAUCUCUUGUUAUACAUAAGAGAAAUCACACAGGAGAGAAGCCAUUUCCAUGCCCCGAGUGUGGAAAAUGUUUUAAACGGAAAUCAUUACUUGUUAUACAUAAGAGAAGUCACACAGGUGAGAAGCCAUUUCCAUGUUCUGAGUGUGGGAAAUGUUUUUCACAGAAAUCACAUCUUGUUAUACAUAAGAGACUUCACACAGGUGAGAAGCCAUAUCCAUGUUCUGUGUGUGGGAAAUGUUUUACACGGAAAUUGCUUCUCGAUACACAUAAAAGAAAUCACACAAGUGAUAAGCCAUUUCCCUGUUCUGAGUGUGGGAUAUGUUUUACACAGAAAUCAGCUCUUGUUGCACAUCAGAGAAGUCACAUAGGUUAGAUGCCAUUUCCAUGUUCUGAUUGAAAAAAAUUCUUGAAAUCAGAUCUUGUUAAACAUUAAGUUAGUCACACAUUUAAAUAGAUAAGACUGCAUUUUUGCAGGGUGAAAUUUUUUUGUCCUAAACAACAGUUGUAUGAAGAUCUUGUUAGGCAUAGUAUUUAACCAGAUACAGGAUCUUCAUUGACUUUUCAAAUUUUUUCGUUGUAUAAAGGGAUGAGCUUUUAUUGUUUGUGCUGUUCUAUAACUUUUCUUUUGUUAUUUGUAGUAUGUAUUUGGUGAGAUAAUUUUUAAUCAUUGAGCAGAUGGGAAGGAAAGGUCUCUCUUCCAUGUGUAGUUUUUGGAGAUUUGUUACCCAAAUGGUAUGAGCGUAGGAUGACAUGAACAGUGCCCAAGAGGAGUAAUAAAGCCUAAACUCCAUCCUUCUAAAUAUGGUCUCAUACCUGACAUGUUCCUGUUGACUUCCUCCCCACCGGCAAUAGCCUGUAAUAUACAGCAGGAUACCAGGUGCUAGAGUAACGUGAUGUCAUAAGUGAUCUCUGUGAUGUCAUAUGUUUGUGUUAUAAAAAUGUAAAGGUUGGAGACUUCCGCUUCCGGCUCCGGCAUGUGAGCAGCGCUGCGGGACAGCUCCUUCCACACGCCGCCGAUUACAGCCAUUUCACGGUUCCUAGAGCCUCCACAUACCGCUACACCUGCAGCCGAUCCUCCGGUGACAGUGGAGACUCGCAUGGAGAAAUAUCUCCGUGCUUCCAUGCCCCGCAGUCGGAGCUCAAAAAACGGGAAGGGGGAAUCCAAGAUGGCGCCCGCCAAGGAGACGCGUGGGACAGCCGCUUCUGCCUCCCCAGGGUCUAAGGACACUGCCUGAGCCUCAUCACAGGGCACAGAACGCCCUGGUGCAGCAUCCAGCAGUGAGUAUAUUGCUCCUACUCACACUGUGCUCCUUAUACACUCAGAAUCCUCCCUGCCAGCUCCUAACACCCCAGUCACAUAUGGUGAUAUGAUGGCAACUGGGAGGGCAGCCAUAGCACCUCCUUCUGGCUGCACAAAUAGCUGAUAUAGCAAAGCAGAAUGACUCCCUUACAAAAAAGAUUCAGAAAUCUGAAUGUCAAGUGGGCGCUUUAUUUGGAGAGGUUUCUAAGUCCAUGCUAAACAAUUGGACGAUCUUGAAAAUAGGCCAUGGAUCAACCCCUACUUAUAUACAUCAGUUCUGGAACAAGGUUUUGGUAUUUAUAAAUGAUACCUUCAAUUUACAAUUAUCUUUACUGCCCCUCCCAUUUCUAUGUGCUAAUCUUACGGAAUGGUUGACUGAAGGUUUACAAAAGAAUCUUGUACCGAUACUAAUAAAUAUAAUUACUAUUGCUAAAAAAGUUCUCUUGACCCAUUGGAUUACUAGACAUACUUCCUCAUUAUCUGAGGUUAAAACUUUACUUUUGAAAACUUUAUAUGCAGAUAGGCAGACUGCACUGCCAGAUUUGGAAAAAGGGGCUGUUUCGUUUUAUAGGAAAUGGGGUCCUUACAUAGAAACAUUACACAAUGAUUUACAAUCACAGGUUUAUAAGCUGUUUGAUAAAACAAAUUGGUGGGCAUACAGGUGUAUAGAACGGGGAAUGUGUGCUUAAUAUUGUUAUGAUACGCUGGCCUUUUUAUUAUUAUUAUUACCCUUUAUUUAUAUGGCGCCACAAGGGUUCCGCAGUGCCCAAUUACAGAGUACAUAAACAAAUAAUCAAGCAGGAAAACAGCAACUUACAGUUGACAAUAUAGAACAAGUACAGGGUAAAUAAACAUAGCUACAUCAGCAGAUAACACUGGAAUAAGUAUCAGGUGGCAGAAGACUGCUGGAUUUGGUGCAGUUGAAUAUUAUUAAAGUAAGAAAAGGAUAAGCACAUGAGGGAAGAGGGCUCUGCUCGUGAGAGCUUACAUUCUAAAGGGGAGGGUAGACAGACGGGUGAGACAGAUUGGGUACAUAGAGAGCGUGGAACAGAGGUUUAUGAUGAGAUUUGGCUGGGUUUGGUGAAGAAGUGGGUCUUGAGAGCCCGUUUGAAUAUUUAAUAUUCUAUUGUACAAUAUUCUAUUGUACAAUUGCCUACAAUUUUUGAAAUGUUGUUAUUGUUAUUCCUGAUGUCUAUUCUCUGGAUAUGAUGCUUUGCAUAUACUUAUUUUUCUGCGAGACACUAGUAUGUACUAUGUUUUUUGCUAGGCAUCGGUUACCGCCGGACCAUUCCACAGCUUCCCCCCUUCUCCUUAUUCUAUCUUUCCCCUCUAAGUUUCAUCUGUGUUAUGCUGUUAAUAUUUUCAGUUUCUAUCAGAAAUGACCAGAGAGACGAGACAUGAUUUUUUACUGCUGACCUGUAAUAUUGAUACACUGGUGUUAUUUUCCAUGGAAAUACGCUAAUUAAUAUUACUGCAAACAUUUCUAUGGCCAUCAUGCUUGAUUGGUUUCUUUAUGUGGACUCUGUGUUAUAUAUUUUGUCUUGUUUGCCUCUCUGGAAAAAAAUCCAAUAAAUAUAUUUAAAAAAAGAAAAGAAAGAAAAAAAAAAUUCAAGAUUGACCAACAGAGAAAUAGUUUUUCAGUAUAGAGGGGACAUGUUUGUCAUUAAUAUUUAUUUCACUGUGUUACUAAUGUUUAAGGGGUCUAUUCAUGAAGCAGGUAAAAGUGUGGAGAAGUGAGCCAGUGGAGAAGUUUCCUUUAGCAACCAAUCAGCACUGAAGUAACAUUUUUAAUCUGCAUUCUAUACAAUUGUACGGAGCAGUUAAUAGGUUGCCAUGGGCAACUUCUCCACAGGCUCACUUCUCCACACUUUUCACAGCUUCAUGAAUAGACCACUGAGAGAGAGACAGCACAAUAAGGACUGUCCUAUACGUGGGUGCCCCUGGAGCUCUGGGUGCAGCCCGGUGUGUGUAUAUUUGUGUGUCUAUAGAUAGACACUCUUCCCUAUCUCUCUACUCUGAUUGGUUGAUGCUAUUUAGAAUUUUCUGUUUAAAACUGUGCUAUAUACACUGAUAUUGUCAUAAAUGCUACAUUCCUGUAUCAUGC